GUUAAAUAGAAAUAGUUUUAAAUUAGUUAAAUGAAAACAUUUUUAAAAUUGUAAUUUUUAUUUCGUCUAUUUUCUUAUCUUAACAAAGGAUUCUAAAAAAAAAAUUUAAAGUUCAAAAGACUACAAUCUUUUUUAAAAAACAUUUUUACCUUUGUUUUAGAGUGUGAAUUUAAUGAAUUCAGACAAGAAUGAUCAGAAAAAAGUCAAAAACAUGAUGGCGUUGACCAAGUUGAUGGCAGCAAUAGAUAAAAUGGAACAGAGUUUCGAAUAUCGAUAUUUUCAGCUCUAUCCUUUAAGACAAAAAAUUUAUAUUAUAUGUGGUGUAUCGACCUGGCUUCCUAUUGCAUUUAGUCUUUUUGCAGUGCCUCUGCUAUUUUGCAUGAAUUUACAGUUGCUUAAAAAUUGUAUUGGGAUCGCACUUUUUUGGCUUGGUCUUCAAUGGGUUUUUUUAAGUCUUCUAGCCCUCGUUCAUUCCUGCACAAUGUAUCCUAAAUUACUAAGGAUCAAAAUUGUUUUUUAGUAUUUUAUCUUAUUUACCAAGUAAACUAGAAUUUUUUACAAUGGGUAUUUCCAUUUUACUUGUUUCGAUUUUUCUUCUAAAGAACAAGAGCAAUUUCAAUAUUCCCGCAAUAUCGAUCAUACUUCAUUUAAGUGCGAUCUUUUUAGUAAAAAGUUUAUUAAUGAAAACAGAAAGGCAUUUUUUAAAACUUCUUAUGACUAUUUUUUUUAUGGCAGCUCUAAUAUUUUAUAACCUCAUCUUUAUAUUUUUGAACUUAGAUGAUCUAUCCACCUUUAACGACCUGACGCUCCAAUUUUAUAUUAAAUUUUUUUUAUCUUGUUCAGGUUUAUGCUACUCAUGUAUGUGGUUAUGUAUCAGCCUUAAUUUUUAUAAAUUGGGACAAAAACACAACAAAACACAAAAUUCCCGUUUGCCUUGGUUUUCAAAUUUUUAUUUACGAUUUGUUGCUGCCGUUACCAUGCCACCUUUUUUGGUAACACGAAAAACAUUUAACAUGAAUCGUUCAGUUGAUUCUGUUCUCGAAGAUUCUGAAGAGCAUAAUUUUUUACCUUAUACAACGAUUGAUGCAAACGAUCAUUUACUCUUUAUUGAUUAUAAAGAAAAAAUUUAUUUAAACCAACGCGAAACCAGUGUAACGCAAGUCCAACCAGCAUGUCUUUCACUCCAUUUACUCGAAAAUAAUACCCUUUCUAAUCAUUUUAAAAAAAAUCAGUCGCCUUUUAUGUUUUUCUUUGAUUUCUUUCGUAAAGUAUCAUGUCAACGUUUUUAUUACCGUUUUCAUUCUUUCACAACAAACUCUUUUUUUUUAAGUGCAUGUGGAUCUACUUUGAUAACUUUUCUUACUCUUUUUUUAUGUAUUGAUAUUUGGUUUCCCAAAAUUUUUUCUUUUCACUUCCUUCAUCGAUAUAUUAUUUAUUCUUUAAUCAACACGUAUUCACUGUCCAACAAAAUCCAAUCUCCGCAUUUUUCUUCCUCUUUCAAUGGUUUUUCGUCAACUGCUUCACAAUCGGUGCUUUUUUUUUGUUGGGUUUUUUUUUAUGCACUAGGAAUUCUUCUUUUAACGAAUUCCGGUGUCAUGAUUUUUGGUCAAUGGAUUGAUUUUAUCUUAUUUGGUUCCCUUUCAAUGUUGAAUCGGAAUCAACUUUUCGACUUAAAAUACCCUGAUCAUAAUCUGUUACUGGAUUUGUACAAGAUGACAUUUGACCAAGUACAACAAGCCCAGUUUUUUUUUGACAAAGUAUUACAUGAUCCGACUCGAACGUAUUGCACACCCAACUUUGCCGAUUGUCAUAAACAAGUAAACAAUGUCAAAAGUUGAUCAAGCUUCAUUUAAAAAUGAACUUUUUACUCUACAACAAGCAAUACAAUUUAUUGCUCUUUACCAAUAUAUACGACAUGAAUGAUAAAAGACAUUCUUUUUUUCUUUCAAUUCUUUUUUCUUCCACUUUUUUCUUUUCAAAAACUGUCAAAGAUUUUAAAAUUCGCCAUUUGAACAUCCUGGUAGGGUUUUGCGUA